AUGAACCUGUGGCGCUCGAAACUGCACGAAUAUUGCACUGAAAACCCGAAUGAAUUGUACAUAAAAUCGCCUGGCGAAACAACGGAUGUGGAGUUUGAUUUCUACCCAAUGAAAAACACUGCCGUCAACGUAUUGAUUAGCACCAACUGCUACACGGGCCAGUUUUAUGUCGACGACGACGAUGAUCCGCUCUUCCAAGACGAGGUCUUUGAUAUUGUGGUUGGAAAUCGUUAG